AUGGCUCCAUCUGCUACCGAAACUGUUACUCUUCCAAGUCGUACUGUUGAGGCGUCAACGGUCAAAUUGACUUCUAAUACUGGUCCAUAUAAAGAGCUUGCGCCAAUUGGGUACGAAAAGGCUGCUGAAGAGCAAGGAACAGAAGGUUUCGCUGCUGCAAAGUACCAGAACUAUCUCCCUCACUGGGGAAACGAAAAAUAUCCUGCGCUCGAGCCCUUCGAACACCGCGAUCAUGGCCUUGACGCAGACCCAUCAUAUCCAGAACUACUCCCAGAAGGAGUCGAAGUCUCUGAUCUGACUCCUACAAUCGGAACCGAGGUGAAAGGUGUUCAGCUCAGCAAGUUGAGCAACGCAGGAAAAGAUCAGCUUGCUCGUUACGUUGCCGAGCGAAAAGUCGUAGCAUUCCGAGACCAAGAUUUCGCAGAUCUCCCCAUCUCCGAAGCUUUAGACUAUGGCAGAUACUUUGGCCGUCUUCAUAUCCAUCCAACAUCUGGCGCACCAGAAGGAUAUCCUGAAGUCCAUUUGGUGCACAGAGGUGCAGGUGAUAAAACUGCGGAAGCUUUUUUCCAAACAAGAACCAGUUCUGUCGCCUGGCAUUCUGACGUGGCAUACGAGCUUCAACCACCAGGAACAACUUUCCUUUACAUACUAGAUGUGCCUGAGGCUGGUGGAGAUACUUUGUUUGCCAAUCAAGUUGAAGCAUACAACCGUUUGAGUCCAGCUUUCAAGGAAAGGCUACACGGUCUGAGAGCCACUCACUCAGGAAUCGAGCAGGUGAAUGCAUCUCGCUUCAAAGGUGGCGCCGUCCGACGAGAACCUGUCAUUAGCGAGCACCCCGUCGUGAGAACACACCCAGUGACGGGCGAAAAGGCAUUAUAUGUCAAUCCUCAGUUUACCAGAAGUAUUGUAGGCUACAAGCAGGAGGAAAGUGACAUGCUGUUGAAAUUCCUCUACGACCAUGUCGCGUACGGUGCCGAUUUCCAAGCACGAGUGAAGUGGCAAGAGAAGACCGUAGUUGUAUGGGACAACAGAGUUACCAGCCAUUCAGCUCUGGUCGACUGGAAGACGGGACAGAGAAGGCACCUCGCCAGGAUUGCACCACAAGCCGAAGCGCCCUUUGAGACCCCAUUCAAGGCUUAG